AAUGACUGAUUGACCCAUAUUUUAAGAUUAACAUUGGCGAUAGAGCCUAUACUAUGGUCGGAAAUAAGCAUUUACGAAACAUGAAUUAAGCUUAUCUCAGUACACGGCUUAUUUAAGCCAGAACUUAAGAUCUUGUUUUGUUUAAUCCUAAAUUAUAAAGGUUUUCUCAACAAAAUAACGGAGUUUAUGUCGUACACAAGUGGAAAUUAUGCUCGGGCGCAGUGACUAAAAUUGAAAAAUAUCGGUCGCCACUUCGUUGAAACUCAUACAGGAAAUCGAGCCUAAAAGGGCUUGGUUUGUUUAAAGAUCAACUUUUAUGGCACACGUGUGAAUUGACUAGUAUACACAAUGCCGAUAGCGUCCCCACAGAGUGAAUCUGAGUUGCUUCAGCUGAUCCUCCAGUCCAAGCCCCACGGGGUCACAGGUCCGGGCAGCUACUCGGGGGAGUCGGGGGCGUGUGGCCACUCAGAGACAUGUAUUCAGUCUGAGCCCGCUGUACACAGUGAGUGUGAGGACUCUGCGUACUUCAGCACACACAGUCCACCGAUCCUGAAUCUGAGUCCUAAUCUGAGCCCAACAAACGAGAACCAGCGCACAUCACCGUUUUAUGACCUGAGGGAGUCAACCAGGAAAAGGAGUGUUCAUGAGGGUAAUCAACGCGAGUGCCACAAUAUGCCCGCAGUUCACCAUCACUAUCCCUGUUAUUCCAGUAUCAUUUCUGAGGAUAUCAACAGCAAGGGUAAUGAGAGCCCAACUCAGAAGCGUCGUAAAACAUCUGGAAGCAUAGCUGAGGUCAGUGUGCCGUCCCCUUCCAACUCAGCUGGCAUGACAGUGGGAGACACUGAGAGUGCCCGCCUACGACGUAGGAUCCCGAAUCAGCGAAGACAAUCUGGAGACAGCAUGCCCGUGCCCAGAGCUAGGCGCAGCCCUGGAGGUCGCAGGCGCGGUGUACGUGACCAGACGUCCCCGGAGAGACGUGCGUUCCAGCCCCCGGUAUCCUCAUCCCAUCUCCACCCUGCAUCUCUACCUCUACAGCACCCUCACCACACACAGCUCCUCCUAGACGUGGACUCAGUGCGUGUCAGUGCUCCAGUGACAGUGGCCUCAUACAGCGUGCCUGUGUGUUCAGCAGCCCACAUGAUCCCCACAUGUCUCCCCAUGUGUGGGGCCGUGGGUACGCAGACCUGGGCCAUGCCCCUCGCCUGCGGGUUCCAGCACAUUCCCGUCUGCAGCCUGCCUCAGCUCAUACCCAGUAACCACCCGCCCGUGGCGACCGUGUUUUCCGGCGGGGCGCCACACCCGUCCCUCCUCCACCACCACCACGCGCAGGCUCAGUUUUCCCAGCAGCCUGCAAGAGUGACACACUUCCAGCCUCAGCCCCACCACUAUCAUGGUGGUGGUGCAAGUGUUGACCCAGGUCUUGAGCGGUUACCUCACCCAGGGGCUCCCAUGUUCCCGCUGGCAGGACGGGGCUUCUUGCACCCUGGUGCCUCCCUCAACCCCUCACCGCCCCUGAUACUGCAGGAGCCUGCUGUACACCCCACGCCUCACGACCUCUUUGGUCCGUUCCAUCGGUUCUAUGCACAUCACCAGCGGACGUUUGGCCGACGCUCCAUACGCAGUUUCCCACCUCCCACACCGCCUUACCCAGGAUUCCUACUCCAUUUCCUGGCGAUGCUGGGCAGUCCUCCAGGCCCGGUCUACCGUGGUGAGGUGCAGACAGAUGAGCAGACAGAGGAGAAUUACGAGGCCCUACUCAACCUGGCAGAAAGACUCGGGGACGCUAAACCCAAGGGCCUGUGUAAGACAGAGAUAGAGCAGCUCAUCUCUUAUCGCUUCAACGGGGAGAACCUGCGCAAUGGCGCUGACCAGACCUCAUGUGUGGUCUGUAUGUGCGACUUUGAGAACCGACAGAUGCUGCGUGUGCUGCCCUGUUGUCACGAGUUCCAUCAGAAGUGCAUCGACAAGUGGCUGAAGACCAAUCGCACAUGUCCCAUCUGUCGUGCUGAUGCCUCUGAGAUCAGCAGCCAGUCGGACUGAGUGUCGUCUGCACAGGCUUAUCUGAGUUGACACUACACACAUGCUGUAUGUCCAGUUUUCCACGAACGAGACUCUAUAGAAGACUUGGUGAAACUACUGCAGAGCCCAUACACAGGAUCCUUGACCAUCAUCCUCAGUGAAGUUUAUGUACACCAGUCAUAUUGUUACACUGAUUUCUUAGCUCCCUAAUUGUUUUAUAAUUUGACUCUAGUACAAUAAUAUUGAAAGUAAACCAGUGUUACAUAUUAACACUUAUACAACACAAAUUGGUUUUAUAUUUAGAGUUGAAGAAAAAACAUCAACAAUGUUGUGAAUUAUUGAAGAGGAUGAAUGUGUUCAUUUUUUGUAUGUCCCACACCACUAUAGUGGGGGACAUAUUGUUUUUGACCUGUCUGUUGGUUGGUUGGAUUGUGUGUUUGUUUGCUCCAACUUUAACAUUUUGCCAUAACUUAUGCAAUAUUGAAGAUAGCAACUUGAUAUUUGGCAUGCAUGUGUAUCUCAUGGCGCUGCACAUUUUGAGUGGUGAAAGGUCAAGGUCAUCCUUCAAGGCCAAAGGUCAAAUAUAGAGCUUCAAAGCGGCACAGUAGGGGGCAUUGUGUUUCUGACAAACACAUUUUGUUGGUGUAUGUUAUACUUCUUUUAUCAAUAACAGGGCCAUGCCAUGUCCCCUAUCUGUUGACUUGUGUUGUUGCAACCACAGAAUGGAGUGCAUUCUGCUGGCUCCUUCUCAUGGAACUUAUCAGAACUGUGUACAAUUAUUAUAGUGGCAUUUAUGUUGUUAUUUGUACAAAUUUUAUUACAAUAUUACUCUAUGUUUAUGUGGUCAACACAAUAGUUUUCAUUUAUUAUUGUAGUUCACCUCUAUGAUAUAGUUUAUAUAUUUAAUAUUCAGCUGCACACCAUAAGUGACGAAUACAACAUACGGGGUAUUUAAUUUGAAUCAUUGUUAGUAUUUAUCAACAUGUUAAUGUAAAUAUAUACUAAUCUUGCAGUUACUGCUAAAUUCAUACGAUGCAUAUGCUUAAUUUAUAGUUUAUAUCUCUAUUAAUACCAGGACUUGUGUAAGUAGUCGUAAGUAAUAAAGAGUUGAGCUGUCUCUAUAUACUGUGUUUGAUUAACCGGGGAUUCCAAUUGAAGCAGAAUCUUGCUUUUUGAUGCAAACAUUUUGAAAUUUUGCCACUUUUGACUUCUCCGUAUUAUCUUCCUUGCAUCACUUUGAUGCAAAUGUUUACAUGAAACUAACAUUAAAUGUCUUUUUAUUAAACAAAAUAUUGUUUUUGAGUUAAGCGAGAUAUACUUAAAGUUAUACAAAACAAUAUUUGUAGAGUAAUCAACAAAUAUCCAGAAACAAAAUAUCUAGAUUUCAGCAUUUUGACUCCUGAAAAGUUUAUUUGAACCCUGAAAAUUUCAAGCACAGGUUCAUUUGACGCUUGUUUUUCAAAAACUAUUGAAAUCCCUGUUAACCUUUUCCACUCAGAUGUGCACUUGACAUGUUUGUAGUCGCUUAGAAAAUUAAACUUCAUGUCAGACCUUAAGACUAGGUUUAAGUUUUAAAGGCUUCAUUUCGAACCUUGAGUUACUGAUGAACAGCAAACAACAUAAUACAUGAACAGCCUGUGAGUAACUUGCAGGCUGUUCUGGUUUUAUACUUGUUGCAUAUAGCCUAUCUCACUUCUGAGUGGAAAAUGGUUAACUAGAUUAUAACAAAUGUUGAUUAUAGUUGUAGAGUUUAUUGAUUUAUUUGUACAAAACACCUGUUAUUGCUACUCCUAUACAAAAAUUGUUUUUGCAGAAGCAACUUUUUGUUUCAUAUUAUUGCAAUGCAAGUACUUUACAAUAUAACUAGGAUCCAGUUUGUGUGAAUCUCCAUUUUUUGUACAUUUUAUUCCAAGCAUAACAAAUAGGUGGUUUGUUUAUUGCAACUUUUGUUGAAAUUUAUUGUUGAGAGCUAUUAAAAUAUAUGUAACUUGUUAGUGAUAUGGUUUAGCUAGUUGUGACCGUUUGUUGUGUUCUUUUUGUUGCAUAUUGAUGUUGAUUAAAUGGUUAUAAAUUGUGUAAUUACAGAUUUUUAAAUAUCCCCCGCCAAAGGCCGAGGGAUAUAAAAUUGGCGUUGUCUAUCAAUAUGUCAGUCUGUCUGUCACAAAAUUUUAAGAUCUAUAUCUCAGAAACUGAGUAAGAUAUAAAUAUGAAACUUCAUGGGUGUAUAUAUAUCAAUGAGGAGAAGGAAAUGCACAAGAACCAUAACCCUACAUUUUCUAAUAUAAGAGUCAUUGCCCUUAUAUUUUUUUAUGAUAUAACUUUUCAGGGCUAUAUCUCCAAUACCAUAACAUAUUUCAACAAGAAAUUUCAGGUGUGUAUUGAUAUCAAUUAGGAGAAAUGCCAUGCGAAAGAAUCAUAACUCUACACUUUAUUAAAUAAUAGUUAUUGCCCUUUGUUGUUUUUUGGUAUGAUGUAACUUUAAAGAGCUAUAAUAUUUCAACAUGAAAUUUAAUUGGUGUAUGGAUAUCAAGGAAGAGAAGUGCAAUGCAUAAGAACAAUUACCAUGCACCUAUUAUUUUGUUUAGCAUUAUACUGUAUAUCAAGGGAUUUGCCCCCAUCCAUAAACAAAAUGUGUUUGGUAGGGGAUAUCGAUUAAAUGGAUUUGAUUGUUGCCAUUCAAUAAUUGACAUGAUGCCAUUAUUUAGGGUUUAUUUGUUAUGUUGAAAAAUUUGGUUUUAGGUUACUGAGAUUAGACACUUUUUAUGCCAUUAGGUGUGUGAUCAAUUAUUUAGUGCAUGUGAAGCACAGUUACUCCACAAAAUAUUGAAGAUAUUAACAUAUUUGCUUUUUUUAAGAGCAAGUAUUUAAGGGAACCUUACACAAGUUGUCCCUACGGGUAAAUGAAUUCCCUAAUUAUUGAAUUCAUUAUGGUACUACUAGCAUACAUGGAUUGAAGCGUUAUAUUCUUAUUGACAUGGUAUUAAAAAACUUUUUUAAGCAGGUUUAAUCAACUUAGUCUUGAUUUUUAGUUUUGACUGAUUUCAAAUUAUGAGACAAUUUAUGUGAGUAUCCUCAGUAGGGGAAGGGAACAUACAUAAUGAACAUGUCUGUUUUCUUUGUGAUAUCUUGUCUUUGGUUAUCACUUUUGUUGAGUGGUAUUGGCAUAGUUAAUAGUUGAGGAAUUUUCUGACAAGUGUCUGCCUUCUUAUGAAUAACAUGUUGAGGAUGAUAUUAAAGUAAUCAAAUGUUUUUGGGGUCCUACAAAGUGUCAAUGUGUUUGAAAUAUAAUAGUGAUGGUUGUUGUUUUAAACUCACCUGAGUACAUAGUGCUUAUCUGCCUUCAACAAUAAAUGUGUGCAUAUACUUUCAUUAUGCUGAGUUGAAUGUCAAGAUGUCUGAAUCGGUGUUGUUGUUUUUUUCGUUAAAAAUCGGGUCCGGUAUUCGGUCCUAUUCCCAAUGGUAAAAAGUAUAUAUUUUUCUCAAAUGGGACCUGAAAAUUCCCGAUUGAAGGUUUAAUUUUGUAUUAUUUAAAAAAAAUAUAGAUUUCAGCAUUUUGUUCAUCUCCCAUCCAGCCAUGUAAAUUCACCCUUAUUAAACAAAUACUGAAAAACAAUUCUAUUCUCAAUUUAAAGCAUUUUUUAGCACAACAGCAACAACUCUAAUUUCACAAUUUUAGUUAAAACACUGUGAAUUUUCCCAAUUCAAAGGGACCCGGCCUCAUUCACAAAAUGGUGAGAGAAAAACAGUGCUUAAACUGAUGGAAUCUAUAGUUAAUUUUUAAUUAUUUAUAUGUUGUCAAAGAUAUUGCUUUUUAUUAUAUGUUUUUGUUAGCUGUCAACUUAUUGCUUAACUCAUACCAAUAAGUACAAUUUUAUAAACUAUCGAUUUAACUCUGGUUAGCAACCAAAGGCAAUUGGGCCACUUUGUUAAAUGUUAUAAAAUAGUCUCUUUAGAUAGAUACAUAUGUUUGUGUAUGAAUGUAAAUAUGUAUAAACUAUAGUAUAGAAAAUUUAUACUUUUGACCUCACCUGAGCACAUGCUUAUGCUACGCUUUUGUGAUGGCCAUUUGUGUUAUGGCCAUUUGUUUGUGGUUCCUGGUUGUGCCCGUUGAAACAUUUCUUUUGUGAACAUUCCCGAGGCCACAUUUAUUGUCCAAAUCUUUGCAAAACUGAUUCAGAACAUUAAUUCUAAUUAUAUAAGGGCCAAAUUAUCUGGGUCACUGUGUGUCAAAAACUAGGUCAUUUGAUUAAAAUCUUUUGACACUCUUGAAGUUCUUUUUCUUCCAAUCUUUAAGAAUUUUGCCAAGAACAUUUUUACUAUUAACAACUAAUUAUAGUUAAUUGAAUUCUAAAAUGGUUCAGCUCUGUUGAAAAUAUGAAAGGGGUAACCCUCUGGGCACUUUUCCUUAAAUGACUAUAAAAAAGCUUCUUUUCCAUGAAAAAAACAUAGAUGCUUGCAGACGGGCAGUUUUCCUUGCAUGGGAGGGGAAGUUUAUCUUAUAUGGCUAUAGUGAAACCAUGCACACAUUUUGUAAGUCCCUUUUUUGCCCGAUGAACUUUAUCAAAAUAUUAGGCUGAGUUCACUGAUUUUCGUGGUAAGAAGUAAGGACAGAAGCGACUUUUUCAAUACGAGCUGCUUAGAACAGUUUAGUUCCUUUGGUUCUCAUUUGAGUAACUAAGGACCUAUGGCCAUCUUGUUUGAUUUAUUACCGGUUACUUCAAAAUUAAGUCAAAGAUGUAUUCUGAUAAUGUUUUAUUAAUAAGAAUAAUAGCGACAUUUAACUAUAUUGUGUUUGUAGCACUUAUGUUUGUACUCAUUUCAGGCGAUUCAUUACUGUAUAGAUAUACAUGUAUGCAUUUGGUUUAUACUCCCAUUAUUCAUAUUGUACAUGAUGUCAUUGUUUUGAUUUCCAUUUUAAACAUUUAAUCAAUAUUAUAGCACAGUUAGAAUGCAAUUAUUGUACAUAUGCUUAAAGCACUAUAUUCAUGAAAGCUAUCAAUUUUGUGAACUAUGCUACCUUUGAGUUUGAAAAUAAUGUUUAACCGAAUGUUGGACAAUUUUAUGCAUAUUAUUUAUGAAUAAAUUUUAUCAUCUACAAUCA